AUGCAUCCUCCCCCGCUCCUCGGUGUGGGCAUCGUUGACCUGCUCGAGUCCGACCCCCGACCGAGCUUUGUUGUUGCCCUUGCUGCUUCGUUCAAGGAUCCCUCUCGCGCCGAGGUCGUCUACAACAACCCAGCUCUGACAGGCAAGCCCGCCCUUCUCGAGGUGUUACAGGCCAUAUCGAGCCUCGACCACACGAGAUUUUGGGACUGGAUCACCGCACAGGACGUAAACCCACCGCAGUCCUUCUUGUAUAACAACCACUUCUGGACUCGCAGUGUUGUACAAUCCAAAUGGGUCGUGGUGAGCUCCAACGACUUCCCGCCCAUGACAGAGCCGCCUAGGAAGAUACGCCUCGACGGAUCGCGAGGACGAGAAUCCAGCAGCGGGAUCCUGCACCCGCACACCUCUACUGUUCCGUCCAUGUCUUCACCAGACUCAUCUGAAGAGGAUCUCCCGCAUCCUCGUAUCGUUCGAGCAACUACCGAGCCUCCGUUGGUUUUGCCCGACUUCAUGCCGGAUCAGGAGCCAUUCCUCGAUAUGGUUGACAGCGUCAACUGGAGCGCAACUCCAUUAGGACCCAUGGACCGAUGGCCUUCCAUGCUGCAUCAGUCUUACAGCCAGAUUUUGUGCAACUCCCAGCCCACGGCCAUCUACUGGGGACCCAAGUUUACCACCGUCUACAAUGAGGCAUACGGAGAGAUGAUCGGCUCGCGGCACCCCAAUCUGCUUGGUCGUCCUGUGACGGAAGUUUUUCCAGAAAUCACGGAUCAGUUGAGAGGCAUGAUGGAGAAUCCAGGACAGAGUCGCCGGGCAAGCAGCGAGGAGGAGUUCUGCUUCUUCGUCGAACAACGAGACGGCCCUCCUCUGGAAACCUACCUGAAAUGGUCCCUCGUCCCCGUCAUCCACAACAGCGAAUGCCUCGGAUUCAUCCAUCUGAUAUCCGACACAACCAUGUACCACCUUUUCCGCAGGCGAAUCCAGAUGCUGGUCGACAUGGGCGAGGAACUGGUGACCGCCAAGGACGUCAAAUCGUACUGGAGCAAGCUCAUAGAAGAGCUUUCAGAAUGCGACCCGGCGUACGACAUCCCGCUCGCUAUGCUGUAUUCGAUUGAGCGCGAAGGUUCGUCGGAAUCUGGCAGCGAGUCGCGACACAACUUCGACUACAUCUGCCGUUUGGAGGGGGCUCUCGGCGUUCCAGCCCACCACCCGAUCAUGCCUGAGUACCUGCGUCUAAAGGAAACAGACGCGGGUCUGGCCUCGCGGUACCGUGCAGCGUUGCGCAGCCAGGGACCACUGAUCAUCAGCACCUCCGACGGCAGCUUGCCGAAGGAGCUGCUGACGGGCUUGCAGUGGCGUGGUUUUGGGGACCCGUGCGAAACAGCCAUCGUCUUGCCCAUCCGACCGACGAAGGAGGAAGAAGUCAUGGGGCUGCUCGUGCUUGGGCUGAACCCUCGACGGCCAUAUGACGAUGCCUACACACUGUAUAUCCAGCUUCUCGCCCAAAAGCUAACCACAUCAUUAGCAUGCACUGUCCUGUUGGAGGAAGAAAGGCGAAGGGGACGAAAUGCAGCUGAACAGGCCGCCUAUGACCAGGCUAUGCUGAAAGAAAAGCUUGCUUACCAAACAAAGGAGGCCAUUGAGUAUACAAGGCUGUUCCAAACCGUAUCCGACUUCAUCCCCAAUGGGUUCUCUAUUGGAGACCACCAAGGGAACAUCACAUUCGCCAAUGGCCUUUGGUAUCGCAUCACAGGCUACCCCGACAGCCAGGCUGAGGAUGGGGGCGCAUUCUCUUAUGUUCUUGAAGGAGAUCGAGAAAAGAUACGCGAGGCAUACAAAGAGCUGCGGACAAAAGACGAGGUUGAGUUUGAGUUCCGCGUACGAGGAACUGAGCACACCAACGGACUCCUCUCGCGCCGCUCACCAUUCAAGGCCGAUUUGUGCAGCGACCUCGAUGAUGAAAUGGAGCGGUAUGUCAUGGCCCAAGCAAAGGCGGAACGCUCCAUGGACGGGACCAUUAUUCGAACUUUCACCUGCCUGACGGACGUCACAGCACACAAGAGAACGGCUGACGAAGCAACCAGGAGGACUCAGCAGGCAGAGAACCUGAAGAGAAUGGCUGAGCUGGCAACAGUGGGAAUGUUUGACAUGGAUACCGCAGGACGUUUGAUUGGUGCAAACAAUGCUUUCUUCGAGCUGUGUGGCAUCGAGAAGGUUGAUCCAAUGCAACGCGAAGUGAGGCCGUGGCAAGUGUCUGUGGUCCAGGAGGACCUCCCGAUCCUGACCGAGAGCUUAAACCGCCUCGUAUCCGUGAAGAAGCCGCAGACCGCUGAAAUCCGAUUGAAAACCACUUGGACAGCUGACGAUGCCGGAGGAAACCAGAUCACGGCACCGCGAUGGGUAAAUGCCACCUUCAUGCCAGUCAGCAACUCGGAUGGCAUCGUCCAAUCAUUUACUGGCUGCAUCAGCGAUGUUUCUCUGCAAAAAUGGCAGCUUGAGCUGGAAACGCAACGUACCGAAGAAGCCAUCGACUCGAAGCGGCAGCAGGACAACUUCAUCGACAUGACAUCUCACGAAAUGCGCAACCCUCUCAGUGCCAUUGUCCACUGUUCUGACGCCAUCAUUGCUUCCCUCGCGAGAUGCGAGGAGCUUGUUGAACGCCCGCGUACCCCCGUGACAAAAUACAAGCCAUCAACGGAGGAGGAUGGAGACAGGCACUUUGACGUGAAGCAGCUGCUUUCCGACAGCAUUGAAAACGCCGAGACGAUUGUUGCCUGUGCUCAGCACCAGAAGCGGAUUGUGGACGACAUUCUGACUAUGUCGAAGCUGGACUCGAAGCUGCUGGCUGUCACGCCCUGCACGGUCGACCCGGUACAAAUUGGAGAGGAAGCUAUUAAGAUGUUUGACGUGGAAGCACGUCGCGUGGAUAUCGACCUCAAAAUGAAGGUUGAUAAGUCUUACCGAGAGCUCGGCUACAACUUUCUCGACCUCGACCCGUCUCGCGUCAAGCAAGUUCUCAUCAAUCUACUCACCAACGCCCUCAAGUUUACCAAGUCAGGCUCUAUUCGGAAUGUAUCAGUCAGCAUCAAAGCCUCCCGAACACGGCCCACGGACGAAGAUUCUGCGGUCACUUUCAUCCCGCGGUCAUGCAAAGAGGAAUCGGAAUAUGAACAGCCCGCCCUUGACGACCGAAGGGACCCGGUGUAUCUCAUGUUUGAGGUCAAGGACACCGGCCAGGGUCUCUCGGAAGAUGAGAAGGCGAACCUCUUCAACAGGUUUGUGCAGGCAAGCUCGCGUACACAUGUGAAAUACGGCGGUUCCGGUCUGGGCUUGUUCAUAUCAAGGCGCCUGACGGAGCUGCAAAGGGGCGCGAUCGGCGUAUCAAGCCUGCCAGGUGUUGGAUCGACGUUUGCCUUCUUCAUCGAGGCAUACGUCCCGUCGGAAGCAUCGAGGAGAGAGGCCGAGUCCGCGGCCGCGGCUGUAAGAAUGACAACAGCGGCCACUGCAACCAGCACUCCACUCUCGGCACCGAGGACCAAAUCCAACGCAAACGACCAGAGGACACCUGGCUCACGACCAAAGCCAAACAUCCACGAUCCUCGCCUCGAUGGCAUUCUGGUUGUGGAGGAUAACCUAAUCAAUCAGCAGAUCACCAGGAGAGGCCUCUGCGACCGAGGCUUCCAGGUUGAUGUGGCCAAUCACGGCGUCGAAGCUUUGGAAAGGCUCAUGCAGUCCACGUCGCUGCAGCAUCAGGAGGAACAGGAGUACUUUAGCCGCAGCGUCUCGAGCAUUCAGGGCCCCCCUGUGCCUAUCAACAUGAUCCUGAUGGACAUAGAGAUGCCAAUCCAGGACGGCUUGACAUGCACAAGACGCAUUCGAGAGCUGGAAGGCGAAGGGCAGGUGUUCUGCGCCAGUGGCGGCCGAAUUCCCAUCAUCGCCGUCAGCGCCAACGCCAGGCCGGAGCAGAUGCAACAAGCCAAGAGCGCGGGGUGUGACGACGUGCUCGUCAAGCCCUAUCGGAUGCCGGAGCUGAUUGAGAAGAUGCAGGUGGUCGUCCGUCGGAUGGGGGGACUGUCUCCAGCGUCACCCGUACUAUAA